AUUCGCGUGCACCGCUCUACUUGAACCUUGUGUGUUCGCGUGUCUUCUUGUGAUAAUGCCUCCAAGCCAAUAUCAUAAGCCGGAAACUGCGUUGACAAAAGCGAGAGAACUUAUAAAAUGUGAUAAAAAAUCUAACGCUUUGGAAAUUCUUUAUGAAGUGAUGCGGGUUAGACGAACUAAACAAUGGCAAAAAGUCUUGGAAGAAUUAAUGAUGCUGUUUGUUGAACUUUGUGUAGAACUCCGUAAGAACAUCCACUUCAGAAAAGCAAUUUAUACGUACAAAAAUAUGAGUGUUUUGGAAAACACUGUUUCACUUGAACAAGUUAUUCGUUCUUACCUGAAUCAGAUAAAGGGUAAAACUGAAGAAGCUCAAGAAGUGUCAAAGAGUGCUAUUAUGGAAAUUGAAGAUUUGGAUGUUCUGGAAACUCCAGAAAGUCUCAUGCUAAAUGCAGUUAGUAUGGAGGGUACUCAAGAUCGAUCUGCUAGAACAAUUCUGAUGCCAUGGUUGAAAUUUCUCUGGGAUUCCUAUCGUUUGGUGCUAGAUUUGUUACGUAGCAAUUCUAAGUUAGAAAAGCUGUAUCAUGAAGUAGCUCAUGAUGCUUAUAACUUCUGUUUGAAGUUUGGUCGGAAGACUGAAUUCAAAAAGCUGUGUGAACUGAUUCGACAACAUACUCAGAAGGUCCAGAAUCAGUUACAACCUAAUGCACUUAAUGCUAUAAAUUUGAAUAAUGCCGAAACACAGACAUUACAUUUAGAGACUAGAUUACGACAGUUGGAUUGUGCCAUGGAACUAGAUAUGUAUAACGAAGCUUUUAAAACCGUUGAAGAUAUUUGGAGUUUUAUGAUGAUUUCACGAAUACAUGCUAUGCCUUCGUUAAUGACCAAUUAUUACUCAAAAACAGCGGAACUUUUUCGACGAUGCGGUUGUCAUUUAUAUCACGCAGCUGCUUUACACAAACUUUACACGUUAUAUCGUGAUCAGAAAAAGAAUAUAACUCGUGAAGAACUAUCUGAUCUUGGAUCUCGUGUACUUUGUGCAACUGUCGCCAUUCCUUUGCCGAAUGCGAAACUUAAUGCCGACAAAUUCUUAUCUGGGGAGUACACUAUUAUGAAGCAAAAAACACUUGCUGGACUUUUGGGUCUCAUUCAAGUACCAACUCGUCAAAGUUUAAUACGUGAUCUUGUUCGUCAUAAAGUGCACACUGUUGUCCCAUCAAAUCUAGCCAAGUUGUACCAAGUUUUAGAAGCGGACUUUCAACCUUUGAAACUUUGGGAACUUGUUCAACCAGCACUUGCCCAUAUAACCACUCGUUCAGAUCUUCAAGUGUACAUUACUCAACUGCACGAUGUUAUCGUAGCAAAAACACUUCUGCAAUUAUCUCAAGUCUAUCAAAGCUUGAAUUUUGACGAAUUUGUCAAAUUAUGCCCAUUCAUGGAGCCUAUUCGACUUGAAAGAAUUGUACUUGAGUUAAUUCAUAAUUUGGAACUACCUAUACGUGUCAAUCAUUUGCAACAAGCUAUUUUCUUCGAUAAAUUUACAGAUCUGGGAAUAAGUCAAUGUGAAUAUGGUGGACAGUUAGUAUCACAGUCAACCCAUGUAAAUGAUCCCGAUAAAUUGUCUCGUCAAUUAACAAUGUUUGCUCAAGUGAUGCAACAGAUAACUGAUAUUCUAGAAGUUGGUCAAUCCUUAGCUAAUUGUCGACGUGCACUUGUUCACGAUUAUCGAAAGAAUGAAAAAGUCUUACGUAGUGAAUUGCUUAAUCGACGUUGUUUAAUCGAAGCCCGGAAGGAAGAAAUUGAAACGUAUCAGGUUAAACGAGACCAGUAUUACAGCAUUGUUGAAGCAAGACGUCAAGCAGAACAAGAACGUCUAUUAAAAGCGGAAGAAACUAAUUUGGCCAAUGAAGCUAUACAACGUGAACGUAUGAAAACUGAAGAUGAAAAAGCUCGUCUAAAAUUACGAAUGGCACGUACUAGUUUGAAAAUGUUUUUAGAUUUAAAAAUUGAUACAAAACUUGAUUUAAAAGAGUUAACAGAAGAACAACUUGAAAACUUUGAUGCAGAUAAACUUAUUAACAAACAAAAACAAGAGGUGAAGAAAAAGCGAAAAGAAUUAGCAGAGAAGGCUAAAACAAUGGCGAAGAAGUUGGACUAUUAUACACGUGCUUGUCGUAUUGAAGAAAUCCCAUUGUUACAGGCAAAUAUUGAACCGGAAGCUAUUGAAUCUCGUGAAUUAUUUGAGCAGAGUGUCAGAGAAAUUGAAGAGCAUUCAAAAGCUGAGCAUGCACGACAAUUGAAAGAACGUAAUCGACUGAUUCGAAUGAAAUCAGAUGUUCAGCGUCUUGUUGGUCAAUUAAAAGAAGCUCGUGAUAAUCGGUAUAGAGCUAAAUUGGCAGAAUGGGAGGCUCUGUGUGAUCAAACACGAUCAGAAAGAUUGGCUGAAAGAAGAGCUAAACAUGAGGCUGAAUUAGAAGCUGAGGCACGUCGUCGAGCUGCACAAGAAGCAAUAGAACGUGAAGAACAGAAAAAACGUGAACUAGCUGCAGAAGCUGAACGUCAGAAACGAGAACAAGAAGCUAAAGAAGCGGCAGAACGUGAAGCUGCUCGACUUGAGGAAGAGUCCAAGUCAUGGACACGUGGAGAUAUUAAAAAAGAUGAACCUGUAUCGGCUAAUCCUUUUGCUCGACAUCGUCAAUCUGAAAUAAGUAAUGCUUCUGGUAACGCGUUUCGUGACUUUCGACGUGAUGACACUUCGAGAUAUUCAGAUUUUGGUCGGUUAUCGGGAAGUAAACGAGUUGGUUUCGAUAAUACACCAAACACCCGCAGUGAUCCUUCCAAAGAUAUUUGGAGUCGAAGUGGACCACGAAGAACUGUUCCUUCUGAAUUUGAUUCACUAUAUGAAGAUGACUCUGGUAACGCUGGUGGUUGGACUCAGGUUGGAUCACGUAGAGACUCAAAAAUCCGGAUAUGGAGACUGGUAGUUCAACUCCAUGGCGUAGAGAAGGUCCAAAUGCUGCAGGUGGCAAAUCACAAGUAUUUGAGGAAAUGAGAGGUGGUAAUGUGAAACGACCUUUCGGUAGCUCAGGAUUCCCUUCACGAAUUUCUAGUGGAUUAUCUGACGACAGAAAGUAUUGAUCAAACCAAACUUACUAUUUCACUCGUUUAUUCAGCUAUUUCUCACUUAUAUCCCCAUUCUGUUUUUGUUGUUUACUACUGUAUAAGUUAUUACAUUGAUUAAUAUUAAGUUAAACAAGGUGUAUAUCUUCCGGCUUAUGAAGAGAGAAUAUUUUUGCACAGGUUUGUAUGACAAUAUAUAUUUGCUUAGUUAUUAUUUUUCAUUUGUAUGCAGCAUAUAACUUCAGUACUCAUUAAGUUUAGUCUAAACAAGGAUAUUUGGAUUUGACAAUGUUAUUGUGUACACGUCUGUCUCUCUCUCUCUCUUUCAUUUAUAUCCCCCCCCAAUAAUAAUGUUCAUCGCACAAAUACAAUUGAUGAUUAGUCUAAAUGAUGUAUUUGUGAAUUAUGAAAACAAAAUAAAUCUGUUUUUCGGUGAUCGAACUAUGUUCUUUGUCAUCAUUGUUUAUUAUACCUUUGGUACAUUGGGAUUAUAUAAUAAGAACAAGCAUUUGUUCUAGGAGAUGGUAAUAUCUAGUGUUUUCAGUAUACUGUCAGUUCUUAGUGGAAUUUAAUAUAUGUAUCUAAGAUAGCCGUAAUUGGUUUUGUUUUCUAACCUUUAAUUCAUUCACAAAGUUAUGUUCAUAUGACGAAAAAAGGCUGUAUAACAUUCGGAUUUGUUAGUUUAUCACUACUUCUUACAUCGCGUCUGAAGGCGCAUAGAUACAUGUCAGGAAUAAAUGUCAUUAUUUGCCAAAAAAAUGUGGUAAGGAUUACUGCCCAAUUUUUUAGAAAUGGAUAAAAUAUGAGCAGAUUAUAAUAUACAAUAGAAUGACCAUAUGAUUACAUCUGCUUGAAGUUUAAUCUAACCAACGUUUUAAAGUGCAUUAAUUCAGGCAAAAUUAUAAGCUUCAUAUGUGUCCCAUAUCAGUUGAUGAGGUGAUGAAUCU